CGCACGGCAGACAGCAGACGGAACAGCUAAACGCGAGAGAGUUUGUGGAGGGGGAAGUCGGGCGGACCAGCAGCAGCCGAGCGCAAAAGAAGGUUCAUGCCGACGCAUUUGCGGCCGAAUUUGCCAGGUUUCCAGGGCACAAGCCGCUUCUGACACUCACCAACAGCACCCUUUCAAUUUCUGGUGAAGAUAUCUGAUAAAACAACAUGUCUGACGUGGCAGAGACUACUGAAAAGGCUGACUCAGAGAGCCGUUGUUCGACGCCCAGAGCAGCAUCCAUUGCUUCGGUGGACUUGGAUGAGUCAUCCAAAUUAGAUCGACGUACAAGGUCAUCAAGGUCUAACACUCCGGUGACGAAAGGCCUGAGGCCGAAGAGACAGAAGGUCAGUAACAGUAGUCCGAGCAGCAGCCAGGACCACGAUGACGACGAGGACGUAAACCCGAUUGAGGAAGGGCCACUGGUGGCCAAACGCAAGAAUGCGGUGGAAGGGGAGGCUGUGCACGACCCAUACUGCUGGAUCUGCCACAAGGAGUUGUCAGAAGGAAAUAACAAGCCUUGCUCAACUUGUUUACGCUCGUUUCACCUAAAGUGUGCCCCGCCCAUCAAAUACCCAGACCGCCAGGCGAAUCCUAAUAAAUGGGAGUGCCCAGAGUGCUCGCCAUUCUCUUUUGAGCCAAAGCCUAGAAGCGAAGGAACGCAAGAGCAGCUCAACGUUCUUUUUAAAUAUGUCAUCGACAGAGCGGUUACUCCAUCAACCGAACCAUUCAUGCACACGGUCAACAUGAAGGAAUUUCCACAGUACCUGGACUAUAUUAUCCACCCUGUGUGCAUAUCUGAAAUUGAGGAGAAGGUGAAAAACAGUUUGUACCGCAGCCCAAGAGAGCUACUAGCCGACUUUAAAUGGAUCUGCCACAACUCCAUAAUAUUUAAUUCAGCCCAAGCUAAACUGACGACAAUAGCUAAGCAAAUGCUGCGUGUGGUGCGAGAAGAAACAAAGGAGAUCGAGAGCUGCCCCAACUGCCUGUUCAACGCCUACACCAUGAAACCAGACUGGUUCAUUCAAGCUUGUGAUCGUCCCCACCUCCUGGUGUGGGCCAAAAUGAAGGGCUUCCCUUACUGGCCGGCAAAGGCCAUGUCCUUCAACCAGGGCGGGACCCUGGUAGACGUCCGGUUCUUCGGCAAGCAUGACAGGGCUUACUUGCCCAUUGUAGACUGCAUGCUGUACACAGCUUGGUAUCCAGCUCCCGCCCAAGUGAAGAAGCCACGAGAGGAUGUUUCUCUAUGCAUAAAGGAGGUGGAUCGGCACAUUGCAAAACUGAAAGAGCGAUAUGGAUCUUACGUCUUCGCGUCGAACAUCACUUUCCUAAAUCCCAAAGACAUGGAGGGACAAGUGAAAAAAAUGCUUCCAAAUUACAAUCCUGAUGAAGUGGGGAAACCCAGUGUCCAAAAAACUCCUGCAGAGGACGCCCAGAAGAGCAACCUCUCGCAGCCAAGCGUGGUGCUAAAGCGGCUCUCUAGCGUCGACUCGCAGGUGUCCCAGUCCUCCCAUUCCUCAACCGGUGGGGAAGCAAAGACUGGUAAGCCUGAUGCCGCUAGCAUAACGACUCUGCCUGAGGAUGAUGACUCGCAAGACUCUGUCAGCAACUAUAUUAAGGUGAAACCAGCUACUGAGCUGAUGUGCCCUAUUUCGGCAUCGGAAUCACCGCAGUCAUCAUCUGCCAAGAGUGAUGAUGAGAGGAAGGGCCAGGGACAACUCAAAAGAAAAAUUUCACUAACAGCAAACAAAAUGAAUCCCAAUUCGAAUUCUAAUUUCCGAAGAUUAUUUGAAGCAUCAUUUACAGAAGACAGAAAGCAAAGAGCGAGAAAAGGCUCGAAAAUCGAUCCGUCAGUUCCCAUUCAGACUGCAGCAUCCAAGCUCAAAGUAAAAGAGAAGACAAGUGGCAGCGAAUCAGACAGAGAGUCUGGCAACCCUGUAAUCAAAGCUGCGGCCAGCUUGAUGAAAGAACUCAAGACUCUCAACUCUGAUCUCAGUGACAUAGACGAUGAGGUAGACCCUCUGGUGGAUCACGAGGAUGGAGCAUCCCCAGCCAAAAAGGUCAAAUCCGUCAUCACUCUGGAUGAAGACGCUGAGAUGCUGCGGCACGAGGCAGAAGACUUCAACCAGUCUCUGAAAGGGACCACGGAAAAAUCCGCCAAGGCGAUAAAGUGUCCGCAGAGUAAGAGAAAGAUCGCCGAGGGAAUCAAAGUCUUAAACAAUCUGAAAAUCUUUGGUCUCGACGUCACCCCGGUGCCUUCGGCCGCCACCUCUCCCUUGUCUCCCUCUUACGAAAUUUCCAGUGACUCGUCCGAGUUUAUCGAGUCAGACCUCGAAUUCGACAAGCAGGAGACCCAGAAGGAAGAGUCGGUGGUUAUGAUGGAGGUAGAGCCAGACAUCCAUAUCGGGAAAACUGUAACGAAGAAAGCGGCGCAGAGAUCUGCUGGAAUGGCAAUCAUGGGCGCGUUCAAAAAUAUUCCUCAGAAAACCGUCCCUGUUACUAGCAAGACUGUUAAAAGUACUGCUCUCCCCGUGAAUCCUCCGCAGACAUCCCUGCUGAAGAAAAACCUGGUGCCGAACAGGGCGAGAAAAUCUUUGACAGCGGCCGGUCAGGCUCCACAAUCGUCAUUCCUAUCCCAAAGGCUGACUGCCCCAGCUACUACAAUUAAAAAGCUUCCUGUCGUCCCCCAACAGCAACAAAAAUUCAUCCUGCUGACAACCCAAGCACCUAUUCAGGUGGAGAAGAAAGAUUCCAAGCCUGAGAAUCAAAAUCAUUCAACAGUUCCGAGCGCUGCAGGACCGGCGAUUGCCAAACUCAAUUCCUUGGCUGACAAUUUGGCAGACAAUAUUAGACAGACGGUGUACACGCUGAUAAAUGACUUGGCCCAGAAGAGUGCUGAGGAAGAUUUGAAGACUGAAAACGCGCAGCUGAAGCUGCAGCUGGAGGCAGAGCGGUGGUACCACAGGACGACCAUCGAAGAAUUGAAAAGGAACCAUGAUGUGGUCCUGCAAGACUUUGAAACGACGGUCGAGCAAAGCACGAUGAGAGCCAAAAUGGAGAUGCAGAAGAUCUCUGAGGCGGAGAUGAAGCAAACCAUCGAUGAGGUGAAGAGGAAAACCUGGUGCACAGUUUGCCUCAACGAAGGGACCCUGUAUUGUUGCUGGAACACUAGCUACUGCGGCUUCCCUUGCCAGAGAAAGCACUGGACAGAACACAAACGCACGUGCAAGGCUAAGUCUGUGAGCAUGCCCAAAGUAAGUGAGUUCGGCAACACCCACCACAAUGGUCCAGCCCUUGCUCAAAGUACAAAAAAUAAUAAAAUCAACUACACAGCGGUCGCAGGAUCUAUGAGUAACCAAACCAAUGGAACUGUCGCGAAAAAUGCGAGGAAAGUUAUCUCAUAUACUCCCCAGCAUCCUGUGUUAGGUUCGGCUACUGACGUGACAGCUGCCGUCCCACAGAUGGUAACAUUGUCAAAGACUGUAUUGUCCGCGGAAAAUUUUGAGCCCAACGUGCACAUCAUGGUGGGCUCUGGGAGCAACAAAACGCAAGCGAAACUCGCACAAAGCAUCCAUCACAAUGCCCUGCCGUCGACGAUUACGACAAGACCAGUGCAUACCAUGGCGAAAAACAGCACGCCAGCGACGCAGGUAACUACGACACCCCUCUUUCAGUUCUACAAAGAGUCGACCGAGUGAGUUAACAAAAAGUUAGUGCUCUUACGUGUUGUGUUGCGUCCGGCGAGAACCGUUCACAAACGCUCUUCUUCAAUGUACAAUCUACACCGUAGGGAAAGUUUAUUCAUGACACUUCCUUGAAUCUCAGAAUCGAAUUGGAUCAGUGAUAUGAAUCGUGAACAAUGUUCAUUGUGCGAAGUUAUUGAAUAAUUUCUGUACGUCAUUCCGCUUCAUUUCAUCAUAACUAGGUGUUGCGAUUACUGUGUUCUCUAUAACAUCUACUACGCUUUUAAUUUUUAUUUUAAUCUCUGAUGUAGCAAUUAAAUGAGUCGACUCAAUUUACAUCAAUUGUUAUUUCACAAACUUAGUUGUAUAUAUAAUAUAUAGUUCGACCUCUUACAAGUGGUGCUAAAUCCUCUUCGCUGCCAUUUCUCGGCAAAAUAAACUGUCUCAGAUUGAUUUUGAGCUUGUAAAAUAAUUUUGAUUCUUUUAUUUGCACGUGUAAAAA